AUGGCUAAACAACGUAACUGUUCAUGGCGAAGAGAGAUAAAGAAGACAAAAACAGAAGAUUCAGUUGAAGAUCGGAAAAGAAGAGAAAUGAUUAAGAAAUCACGUUUAGCCGAUACAUGGGAGAAGAAAGCAGAGCUACUGAAUAAACGGAAAGAGAUGCGAGCUCAAAUCAAAGAAAGAGUUGCUGAGAGUGAAAGAGAGUUAGCUGAGAGUAGAAGAGCAAGAAUGGCACUUAAGAAGAAAAACAAGCAUAAGAAUUGA